CUUAGUGCGGAGAUGGAAGCUGGGAUGCUACUAACCGCACAGCCGAUUUGAUUUUUUUCUCUUUGUGAAUUAAAUCUUAUGUUCUUCUGUUUUGUGUGGUUUAAGGGUCGCAUCCUCUCUCUCAUUAUUUCGUGUUUGUAUAAAAUCAAUGAAAAUUUAUUUUAAAAACGUCGGGAAAUGGGAAACGGGACCAAAAAAGGGAUCUUGAUAUGGCGUUCUCUCGGUGUGGUGUGUUUCUUUCUUCUGUGGAAUACAACAAAUGGACAGAUUCGGUACGCCAUUCCUGAGGAGCUGAGCCCGGGCUCGUUAGUCGGGAAUAUUGGAAAAGAUUUGGGUUUAAAUACGGCUGACAUUUCGGACCGCAAGCUGCGAAUCACCUAUGAGGGUAAGCAGUAUUUCAGUGUGGAUCUGGGAAAGGGAGAACUGGUCGUGAGCGACAGAAUCGACAGAGAAACGCUCUGUGGACAAAGCCCGAGCUGCGUGUUACCACUGGAAGCGAUCAUUGAAUCUCCACUGCAGCUGCAUCGCGUCCAAGUGGAGAUUCAAGAUAUUAACGACAAUGCGCCGAGUUUUAUCACAAAGGAGCACGUACUGAAGGUAGCAGAGCACGUCGCACCCGGAGCGCGCUUCCCACUGGAGAGCGCGCAGGACCCUGACGUAGGUAGCAAUGCGCUCCGGUCAUACUCACUGAGUACGAAUGACUAUUUUUCCCUUAAGGUUAAGACUUUAAAGGACGGAAGGAAAAUACCGGAAUUAGUUUUGGCGAAAUCUCUAGAUAGAGAGCAGCACCCCUCCCAUGAAUUCGUCCUGACUGCCGUUGAUGGAGGUAAUCCCGUUAAAUCUGGAACAACAGAAAUUACUGUUCAGGUUCUGGAUAGCAAUGACAACCCUCCUCAGUUUGAAAAGCAGUUUUAUGAAGCAUCUAUAGGUGAAGAUAGUUCACCUGGCUCUGUAGUGCUUGAGCUUAUGGCUGUGGACUUAGACGAUGGUCCGAAUGGGGAUGUUGAGUACUCCUUCGGAGACCACACCUCCGACAGCGUGUUAAACGUUUUUAAUUUAAAUUCGAAGACAGGUCAGUUAACAUUAAAGGGGCAGUUGGAUUACGAAGAGACUAGUUUGUAUGCCAUUGAUCUGGUGGCGAAAGACAAAGGUAGUCCGGAGCUCGAGGGACACUGCAGUGUCCAGGUCACUGUUGUGGACGCAAAUGAUAACGCCCCGGAGAUCAUUCUCAAGUCGCUGACCAGUCCUGCGACCGAGGACGCGCCUGUCGGGACGGUGGUGGGACUUAUAAGCGUCAGAGAUUUGGAUUCGAGUGAUAACGGGAAAAUCAAUGUACAGGUUUCCGGUAAUGUACCGUUCACGUUAAAGCCAUCGUUUGAUAACCAUUAUGAAUUAGUGACUGCUGCACGCCUCGACCGCGAGGCACGGUCUGAGUACAAUAUUGAAAUCGUUGCCACCGAUGCAGGUUCGCCUGCUCUUUCAACAAAGAAAACGGUAUCCCUGAGCAUCAUAGAUGUAAACGACAAUCCUCCCGUUUUCUCCCAGCCAUCGUAUGUAGUGUAUGUAAAAGAAAAUGGUGCUGCGGGGACAAUAUUGUGCUCAGUUAGCGCUUCUGAUCCAGACCUCGGUGAAAAUGCAAAGAUUUCAUAUUCUAUUUUCGACUCAAAGGUUCAAGACGUGUCAGUCUCCUCAUAUAUUUACAUUAACUCAGAUAACGGCAGCAUCUAUAGCAUGCACUCGUUUGACUAUGAGAAGCUGAAGGUGUUCCAGGUCCAGGUGCAGGCAAAGGACCAGGGCUCGCCGUCUCUCAGCAGUAACGCCACUGUUCAUGUUUUUAUCCUGGAUCAGAACGACAACACCCCCACUGUAAUUUACCCCUCUGUUAUCAUGGGCUCAGUCUCUCACCAGAAACUGCCCCGCUCUGCUAAAGCGGGACACCUCGUUACCAAGGUAACAGCAGUGGACGCUGACUCGGGGCACAACGCCUGGAUUUCCUAUAGAGUGGUGGAGGCUACAGACGCGUCUCUGUUUGGUGUGAAUCUUUAUACCGGGGAGGUGAGGACUAAACGCGCUGUUUCAGAGCAGGAUGACGUCUCUCAGAGGCUGCUUAUAGAGAUCAAGGACAACGGGGAGCCGGUCCAGUCCACCACAGUCACAGUCGGCAUAUUGUUAGAGGACGGGGUUCACGAGCCCAUUUCGGACUUGCGACAGAAAACGCAAGAACCCAGCAAGAAAAACAAUAAGAUCACAUUUUAUUUGAUCAUCUCUCUGGCGUCGAUUUCCGCCGUGUCUUUUGUGACUUUUGUAAUAUUGACAGUGAAGUGCGUUAGAAACAGCCGAAGGGGGUCGUGUUGCUGUAUCAGACGGUCUGAAUCUGACGGAUACAAGAAUCCCAACAGAAAUCUGCAGAUCCAGCUGAACACUGACGGGCCUAUUAAGUAUGUGGAGGUUCUGGGUGGGGACAUGAUGUCUCAGAGCCAGUCCUUCAGGUCGUGCCUCUCUCCGGUGUCAGAGUUCAGUGAUUUCACCUUCGUUAAGCCCAGCAGCACCUCUGACUUUAAGGAUAUGAUCAGUGUCCUCGACGCGUCUUUACCUGACAGUGCGUGGACGUUUGAGAGCCAACAGCAAAAACCCCCCAACACUGACUGGCGUUUCUCCCAGAACCAGAGACCUGGAACCAGUGGUCCGCACAAGUACAACACGACGCAGAUAAGAUGGACGCCGUAUGGGAAAGCGAGGGCCGCCCCCCCACCCGAGGCUGCCGUAGGAACGGGACCAUGGCCCAACCCCCCCACCGAGGCCGAACAGCUCCAGGCCCUGAUGGCCGCCGCGAACGAGGUGAGUGAGGCGACCGCUACGCUGGGCCCCGGCACCAUGGGAUUGAGCACCCGCUACAGCCCCCAGUUCACCCUGCAGCACGUGCCCGACUACCGGCAGAACGUGUACAUCCCGGGCAGCACCGCCACGCUGACGGCCAAUCAGCAGCAGCAGCAGCAGCAGCAGCAGCAGCAGCAGCAGCAGAUGCCCCCCCAGCCCGCCCUGCCCCAGCCCCCGCAGCAGGUCGAGGCCCCCAAGGCCGCCCAGACCCCCGCCAGCAAGAAGAAGUCCGCCAAGAAGGACAAGAAGUAAAGAGCCGGCGGGUCGCGGGCCCCCCACACGAUAACGACGCGAUAGCCGCGCGCCCGAUACCGUCACCACCCCCCCCACCCCCCGCUAGGAAUGCUACGCUUUCUCUCUCGUUUGCUAUAUCAGUCUGAACGUUCGCAAAGUGGUGCCGUGGUGAGCAUACGUGUCUUUUAACUUUUAUUUUCUUGGAUUUAUUUUGCUAAUUUUUUUGUUUUUUUUUCCUCUAACAUAUUUUUCAAAGCCUGUGUUAGUAGUGUGGAUAUAUCUUGCUGUCUGAAUAUAACACAAACUUGGUUAGAUUUUUGGUAUUGAUCCUUGAUUUUUUCUGUAGGGGAAAAGAGGGGGGAAGAUUGUUAAUGAUGAAAUAUUUGAUGUCUUUGAAUCCGGAUGGAUUCUACAGAGGUAAUGUUCAAAAGAUGUAACUGAACAGUGAUUUUAAGGGCAGGGCUCUGCCCUUUAACAUAGUAUUAGAAUGGCUAUUAAUCAUUUUACUUAAUACGUGUCAUGUUGACUUUUUGUUUCUUCAAAAUGCAAAAUAGACACUUCUAGUGGUGACAAGAAUGACACUAGUUUUGAGUUAAGUUUCUUAGAACAGCUUUGAUAAUCUUUGCAGUAGUUCUUAGAUACAGGCAGGUAAUUUUGCAUGAGCCGUCCUUAAACUAGACGUGAGACCACAGAAGUGAAACUAUGCAUCGCAUUCGGAGAAUGUCUCCAGUCUUCUCGGAAAAAAAUAAACUAAUGCGUUUGUAGCAUACGACUUUUUGACGUAGCGAAAAUUUGACUUUUCAAGUUCUGCAUUGUUAACGGAAAAACAAAAGAUUUUUUUCUGUACCUGCUUGUAUGACCGACUCGAACUCAAGGUGCUCAGAGCAAAUUAGCCAACAGUCAUCGAGGCCAAGACACGAAGUCAAAUGUUUGUACAGUGUUGUUCCACCGCAAUGAGGUGGGAAUUCUGUGGUAGGGUUUUGGGGAAUUUUGUACCGGUACCACGGCAUUCCCAGGCUCCGCUGUGGCACAGUGCUGUUUGGCUCCGCCCACUGCAGAGACACGCCAAUCAGGUGGGCGUCCAGGUGUGCAGACCACAGCGAUGAGGGAGUCCGCCGUUCUCUGUGGUAGCUUGCUGCAUGUGCCCUGCCGAAAACCACUCCCCCCCACACUCCCCUUUCUGUCCAAUCAUGAGAAUGCGCUGUUUCUUACCUCGCCACCCUGCCCCGCCCACAAGCCUGCACCGCAUGAGCCGGCAGCUUCCUGAGUGUAGCCCCGCCCCUGGACACUUGGAGGGAGGGGUCAGGGGUCAGAGUUGAGGCUGUCAGAAAGGGGGCUGGGCUGUGGCUCAUGGGUACUUCCUGAAAGUACAGGAUGUGGUCAGUCCAGAGUUCAGAGGUCAGGGGUCGUAGUACCACAUCAGACCUGGGUUUCAUAGCGAUCACAGUCAUAGCUUUGCUUCUAAUCCAAAAUGUAGGCCCAUUAUCUGUAAUUCAAUAGUAACUUGUGUGUUUGCAUUCCUGACUCCAGGACCGUAGUUUAAAUGUAAGUAGUGGCUCAUUAAGCUCAUUGGUUGCUGGAUUCUUGUUGAAGUGAGGCAUUUUGUUACUUAAGUAAAUGAUUAAUCACUGAAAUGUCAUUGAAGUAUGGUUACUUAUGUAACUGAUUAAUGGAUUGUCGUUGAACCCAGGUCAGAGGGUCCAUUGAUGCUGGAUCAGAACAAAAGCGCUGCUGGUUACAAAGACUUCUGGGUCUUCACUAUGAGCCAGGGUUUAGAUGGCCAUUAGGGUUUAGUUGCAUUCGGAACUCUCCGGAAACCACUUGUAAGCGAUAUGACCUCUCUUGCUUGUUGAGCCUGUGGCAGCAGUAGCAGCCGGGCAGUCUGGGCCCUUGCAGGUGAAGACUGACUCACAACAAAACACCCCUUCCCCCCCCCCAGGAGCUGCAGACAGACAGCUUCAAAAGGCUUCAAAAAUACAGAUCGAUGCCUUACAGCUCCAAUCCCACCGCCCCUCAAGUACAUGAGAGCUGGUUAUUUAGGUCUUAGAUGAAGGUCACACGGGAAGGGGAACUGGUCUGGACCCGGUGUGGCAGGGCUUAGACCAAUGUUGGACCAGGGUAAGAAAGCCAAGGAAGGAAAAAUUAUUCACAAUAAAUGAAGGCAGUUUCGCAAUCUGCACUGACCCAAAAACCCCUCCCGUCCUAUCCACUUCUGUAUUACCACUCUGUUCAAAUGUAAAUAAGACCCAUGUUUAAGAACCAGCCGUCUGUACGGACCACGUUUGAAACAAGAUUCAAAAUUAAAGCCACUUUCUCGUGGCUUACUACUGGAAUGUGUUGCAUAUUUUUCAGAAAAAAAAAAAGAAAACUUAAAAAAAAAAAAAUGAAAUGAAAUGUUCUUCAAAAUAAGUGUAGUCAUGUAGUAAGUAAAGCACCAAGAUGGCUGACUAUUCCUGAGUGUAAAUAAAAGUUAACUUUAAGACUUUAAGAAGAUAAACACAAAUGUAGAGUAGGAAACUUGUGAACUGUGUUUUUCUGUUUUGUCACUCUGUGCUUAAAAAGUAAAAGGCAAAAAAAAACAAUAAUAAUACAAGAGUUUCUAUCCAUUCUCCUUUUUUAUGUGUUUGUGAUUCUCUUUGUGUGCCUAUGCUGCUGGAAUGCCCAUAUAAACCCAUAUAUCUGUGUCUGCUCAUCACUUACACUCCUAUAUUCUGCUGUAAUACUUUUCUUAUAAAAAUAGAUCAGUGCUCAUGUGUUACUCUAUUAUUUUAUAUGCUAAUAUUUAUAUUGCUGUUAUAUUUUCUCUUGUACACUGACAUUUCAAAUAAAAGGUUCUUCUGAAAUCAUGAA